ACAACCUGACACCCUCUCGUGCAACAAGCAAUUGUAGCAAGCAGCCAGCAAUGAAAUACCACGUUUUCCUGGGAUUCCUGGCCAUCGCCGCCGCCUACCCCGGCAUCAUCCACGAAGAAACACCCCAACUGGACCACCAUGCCAUAAUCGGCGAGUCCGGACACCAUCAUCAGAUUCAGCAUGAGCACGCCAAGUCACAUCAGUCGAUCAAGUUCGAGCACUUCCACCCAGUGCCCGUUUACAUCAAGAAAGAGCACCAGCAUUUACUUGAGCACCCGCUCGAGAAAGGAAAGACUGAGCAAAACCUAAAGCUGAUCCACCCUGAGACCGAACACAAACUCGGCGGUGGUCUGGUGCUUGAAGACCACAGACUCGACACAGAGCAUCUUGCUCAGGCUCUUGAACACCAGGGAGCUGGUUUGGAACAGGGAGGUUACGAGCACGGAGGCUAUGAGCACUUAGGUGGCUAUGAGGGUUACGAGAGCGGGGAAGGAUUGAAAGCUUACGCGGAAAUCCAACCGUCUCAGGGCCAUUACGUCCCUGAGCACGGCCAGCUGCUUUCUGGUAACAGUGGAGAGAGCUACAAGUUCGGUGGAUAUUAAUUGUGAAUAGUUUUAUUUAUGAGCAUUUGAGGAGUCCUUCCUCAAAACUAAUUAAGGUCUGUUUCUUGCCUGUUAUUCUUUAUCUGGUGAUAGCACUCAUGGAGAGGAACUGCAUGUUCCUUUCAAGUUUCCAAUUCCAUUCAUUACGAACACUAUUUCAUUACAUUUCUCGUGCCCAGUAUUGGAACAUAUGAGUUUAUAUGAGAACUAUGUUCCUCUUUAUGAGUUCCUAAAACCACUAUUAUAUUAAAACUUAUGCUUAGGAUAUGUAAUAGAGGCGCCCUUAUUUCGGCAUUAAGUACCUGAUUUAGGCUAGAAAUUGUUCAGUACAUUGUAUUAUCUCUAUACGUAAUACCUAUUGGAAUAUUGAACGUUUAUCUGAUUAUGUGAAAAUUAUGAAAUAGUUACGGCCGCCGCGCAUGCGUAGAAAGCAGCGGGUCGUGCUCGUGUAAUAAGGCGGACGGUUUUGUCCGUGUGUUUGUUGUACUCGGCGUUCCCUCGCUUGAUGUUAGUAAUUAUUGUGACCGUCUAUUGAGUCCCAGUGAAAUUGUGAUAUUAAAAUGUUUGUUUUAAUUUAA